CCUGAGGGGGCCGGCGGGCACUCCGGGGUCCGAACAGCACCUCCGGGGCUCCGGGCAGCACCGCCGGGGAUCUCUGCGUUCCCUCCGGGGUUCGGGCCGUUCCUCCGGGGGUCCCGGUGCUCCCUCCCGGCGGGGCUGUCGGAGCCCGUUCCUCGGGACUGCUCCUGCCCAGCAGCGCUCCGCAGCCCCGGGCUUAAAUAUAUAUAUAUAUAUGGGGAGAGAGGGUAAUUUGGCCCUGCGCACUGCAAAUUGUACAUUUAAACAACGGCACAGUUUUUCCACUCCGUUUGGCAAACCCCGCCGCCAGCCCCUCGGUGUUGUCGGGGGUCCUCACCCCUCACGGCAGCAGCAGCCACGGCCGAAGGGUUAAACAUAAACUUUAAACAUUCCCUGUCCCGCAGGAGCUCCUUUUCCAGGACCCGAGAUCCGGUUCCAGCCUUGGAUUUAGGACAGCAGCUUCAGCUGAAGGUUCAACGCAUGCACGAUAUUGAAACAGAAAACCAGAAACUUAGGGAAACUCUGGAGGAAUAUAAUAAAGAAUUCGCCGAGGUGAAAAAUCAGGAGGUUACAAUAAAAGCACUUAAGGAGAAAAUCCGAGAAUAUGAACAGACCCUGAAGAACCAAGCAGAGAACAUAGCCCUUGAAAAGGAACAAAAGUUACAAAAUGAUUUUGCGGAGAAGGAGAGAAAAUUGCAGGAGACCCAGAUGUCGACAGCCUCGAAGCUGGAGGAAGCCGAACACAAAGUUCAAGCUCUGCAAACAGCCUUGGAAAAAACCAGGACAGAACUAUUUGAUCUGAAAACAAAAUACGAUGAAGAAACUACUGCAAAGGCUGAUGAAAUCGAGAUGAUCAUGACAGACCUUGAAAGAGCGAAUCAGAGGGCAGAGGUGGCUCAGAGAGAGGCAGAGACCUUAAGGGAGCAGCUCUCAUCAGCUAACAAAUCUCUCCAACUUGCUACGCAGAUCCAGAAGGCACCUGAUGUGGAGCAGGCCAUCGAGGUGCUGACUCGCUCCAGCCUGGAAGUGGAGCUGGCCGCGAAGGAGCGCGAGAUCGCCCAGCUCGUCGAAGAUGUCCAGAGGCUCCAGGGCAGCCUCACCAAGCUGAGGGAGAACUCCAGCAGCCAAAUCUCCCAGCUGGAGCAGCAGCUGACAGCCAAGAACAGCACACUCAAACAACUGGAAGAAAAACUGAAAGGACAGGCUGAUUAUGAAGAGGUUAAGAAAGAAUUAAAUAUAUUGAAAUCCAUGGAGUUUGCACCAUCUGAAAGCUCUGGUGCACAGGAUGCAUCCAAGCCGCUGGAGGUGCUGCUGCUGGAGAAGAACCGCUCGCUGCAGUCGGAGAACGCCACGCUGCGCAUCACCAACAGCGACCUGAGCGGGUCAGCCAGGAGAAAAGGGAAAGACCAGCCUGAGAGUCAGCGUCCUGCAACCUUGCCGGCCUCCCCUCCUUCCCAGUUGCUCCGCAACGUGGGGGAGCAGGCUUCCAAUACUAAUGGUACACACCAGUUCUCACCAACGGGUUUAAGUCAAGACUUUUUCAGCUCAUCCCUGGCGAGCCCCAGCUUACCCCUGGCCUCCACAGGAAAAUUUGCACUAAACUCUCUCCUCCAGCGACAGCUAAUGCAGUCCUUCUACUCCAAGGCAAUGCAGGAAGCAGGAAGCACAAGCAUGAUUUUUCCAACAGGUCCAUACAGCACAAACUCCAUAUCUUCCCAAAGUCCAUUACAACAAAGCCCGGAUGUAAAUGGCAUGGCCCCAUCUCCCAGCCAGUCAGAAAGUGCUGGGAGCAUCUCCGAAGGCGAGGAGAUAGACACGGCCGAAAUUGCACGUCAGGUGAAAGAGCAGUUGAUCAAGCACAAUAUUGGACAGCGGAUAUUUGGACAUUAUGUGUUGGGACUGUCACAAGGGUCUGUGAGUGAGAUCCUGGCCCGGCCAAAGCCAUGGAAUAAACUGACUGUGAGAGGCAAGGAGCCAUUUCAUAAGAUGAAGCAGUUCCUGUCGGACGAGCAGAACAUCCUGGCUCUUCGCAGCAUCCAGGGCAGACAAAGAGAGAAUCCAGGCCAGAACCUGAACAGACUAUUUCAGGAAGUACCGAAACGAAGAAAUGGGUCUGAAGGUAACAUAACCACACGAAUCCGAACCGCAGAGUCUGGCUCUGAUGAAGCCAUCAAAUCCAUUCUCGAACAAGCCAAAAGGGAGCUGCAAGUACAGAAAACAGCUGAGCCGGCUCAGCCGCCUUCUGCCUCUAGCAGUGGCAAUUCUGAUGAUGCAAUUCGAUCCAUUCUGCAACAAGCCCGACGGGAAAUGGAGGCACAGCAGGCUGCCCUUGAACCUGCCUUAAAAACACCACCUCUAUCUCAAGCUGACAUUUCUAUCCUGUCCCCCAAACUAGUGUCUACACCUGCAAUGUCUUCGGUUUCCAGCUAUUCUCCUUUGGCCAUAUCCCUGAAGAAACAUUCAUCUGUCACUGAUUCCAGUAUCUCUGCAUUGCAGAACCUCUCUGGGCUCAAAAAGGAGCCUCAGGAGGCACCUGUUUUAGAGCUUCAUGGAAUAAGUGAUUCUGCCCAGGGUAUGUUGAGGCAUGUUAAAAAUGAGUUGGGACGUGGUGGUGUUUGGAAGGACCAUUGGUGGAAUACUGUGCAGCAUGAGAGAAGAAAUGCAGCUCUUCCCGAAGAUAUAAAAGUUGAGGAAGCCAGUGGUGGAAAAGAAAAGGUCAGCAAUCAGACUAGGCCAGAUCGUAGCCAGCUCCAAGGACCGUCUUCUUCCGAGUAUUGGAAAGAGUGGCCAAACGCGGAAUCUCCGUACUCGCAGAGUUCUGAAUUGAGCAUGACUGGGGCGAGUCGCAGUGAGACACCACAGAAUAGCCCCCUCCCUUCAUCCCCUAUCGUGUCCUUGUCCAAGCCAUCCAAACCUUCGGUUCCUCCACUGACACCCGAGCAGUAUGAGAUUUAUAUGUACCAGGAGGUGGAUACGAUAGAGCUAACGCGGCAGGUCAAGGAAAAGCUAGCAAAGAAUGGCAUCUGCCAAAGGAUCUUUGGGGAAAAGGUAUUGGGGCUGUCCCAAGGAAGUGUCAGUGACAUGCUCUCCAGGCCAAAGCCAUGGAGCAAAUUGACCCAAAAAGGCCGAGAACCAUUUAUUCGUAUGCAGCUCUGGUUGAAUGGUGAGCUGGGACAGUGUGUCCUGCCCGCACAAGGGCAGCAACAAGGACAAGUCCUUCACUCUGUGACAUCAUUACAGGAUUCCCUACAGCAGGGAUGUGCAAGCUCAGAAAGUACUCCAAAGACUUCUGCCAGUUGCAGUCCUGCUCCUGAAUCUCCCAUGAGUUCCAGUGAAUCAGUGAAAAGCCUGACUGAGUUGGUACAGCAGCCCUGCCCCACCAUAGAGACGAGUAAGGAUGGCAAAUCCCAGGAAUCCAGUGAGCCACCUGCAUCUGAAUCCCAAUCCACGACCCCUCUGCCACUCUCAGGCCACUCUGCACUCAGCAUCCAAGAACUGGUGGCAAUGUCCCCUGAGCUGGACACCUAUGGCAUCACCAAGAGGGUCAAGGAAGUGCUCACGGACAACAAUCUUGUGUGGCUGACAAGCCUAAAAAGCAGCAGAAGAGCCAGGAAAUGUGCCCCAAACUCUGCAUUAGGUCAGCGUUUGUUCGGGGAGACAAUCCUAGGGCUGACACAAGGCUCUGUCUCAGACCUGCUGGCUCGCCCCAAGCCCUGGCACAAGCUGAGUCUGAAGGGAAGGGAACCCUUUGUCCGCAUGCAGCUGUGGCUCAACGAUCCCAACAACGUGGAGAAGCUGAUGGAUAUGAAGCGCAUGGAGAAAAAAGCCUACAUGAAACGGCGGCACAGCUCCGUCAGCGACAGCCAGUCCUGUGAGUCCUCGUCCGCUGGCAUCGACUACAGCCAGGGCGCCAGCCCCCAGCCCCAGCACCAGCUCAAGAAGCCCCGGGUGGUGCUGGCACCAGAGGAGAAAGAAGCUCUCAAACGAGCCUACCAGCAAAAGCCAUACCCAUCACCAAAAACCAUUGAGGAACUCGCCACACAGCUCAACUUGAAAACCAGCACCGUGAUCAACUGGUUCCACAAUUACAGGUCCCGCAUCCGCCGGGAGCUGUUCAUCGAGGAGAUCCAAGCCGGGAGCCAGAGCCAGGCCGGGUCGAGUGACUCCCCUUCGGCCAGAAGCAGCAGGGCGGCGCACAGCUCCGAGGGGGACAGCUGCGACGGCGUGGACGCGGAGGGCCCUCCCGACGGGAAGCCGAGCGGCCCGGAGGCGGACGAGUUCAGCAAUGCGGCCGCCAAGUCUCAGGGAGGGCCCGCCGAGCCGGCUUUCGAGGCGGGGGAAGAGGCACUGCGAGGCGCCAGGCCUUCGGAGAGAGCGGAGCCCGAGAGCCUGGAGGACACCGACGACGAGGGCCGGCUCAGAGCGCCGCGCCAGAGCUCCCCGCCGGCACCGCAGCGCCCGGGAGACGCUCUGGAGACACUGCCAAACUCUGCCACGGAAGGGGAUGCCUCUACCUCAGCUGCCUCCACCUCAGUCCUUACGGGGGAGAGCUCCUACAAGUCAAAAGAAAGUUCAGAGAAAAUCUCCAGUGUGCCAAGUACGAGCUCGACGCCGGCCGCAGGCUCGCAGAAAGCCAACUCUCUGCAGAGCUUGUUCGGCUUCUCGGAGGCGGCGAGCUCCAGGAACACGCGAGACAGCUCCCUGAGGAAAAAGAAAGCGGCCAACUUGAACAACAUCAUCCACCGCUUGGAGAAGGCCGCGAGUCGGGAAGAGGCCGUCGAGUGGGAGUUUUGAGAUUAAACUGGCCCAACUCGGGAGAGCUGGGAAGUCAAACUGGACCUCUACUGGUUUUAUUGUGUUCGCACUUAACCGCCCUGCGGGCCACAGGGCAAAAACGCCAUAGGCCAAGGUGCAUAUAGAAAUCAAAAAAAAAAAAAAAAAAAAGGAGCGUUAAGCCCAAUUUAUGUUUGUGUUUUCGAGGAAGAAAACUGAAAUGUGUAGUCAAGCUUUUUUGUACCCUGAAGUGUUUUUAUUAUUGCCCUAAGUGAUUUCCACAGUUUCUGGAAUAACUCAUACAGCUUUGCCUUGUGCCCUCCUCUUUGGUGUGGGGCUUUAAAAAAAUGAAAAACGGGAAAAAAAAAAAAAAAAACUAAAAAAAAAAAAAUCUUUAAAAAAAAUCAACCCACAUAUUAAAAGGGGGCUUUUUAUCUGCCAUCUAAUGGCUACAGAGCGAUAAUACACUAUUAUCUUCUUAAACCAGGAAAAAAGGGGAGAUUUUUCAAGAAAAAGAAAAAAAAAGAAAGUUUUUUGUAGCUGUUCAGUUGCCACUAAGAGAUUGCACAGUCAACCGACUCUAAACACACUAGUUUGGAUUCCUACAUAUUUUCAAGAAAAAGAAAAGAAUCUUGUUGUUUGAAACUUUGAAUUAAAAAAAAAACACAUUUACUCCACAUAUUUUUUAACAAAACAAAAAAAAAGUCACAUCAGGAAAAUAUCUUAAUUUGUGGUAGCUGACUUAGUGUUUUCUUGUAAGUGAAAUAGAAUAUUGACACGUAGUGCACAUUGUUUCAUAGCUUUAACUGAUUCUGGUCUUUUGCAGCCCAGAAUUUGUUUAAUACACUCCAUUUUAGGCCAAAUCAGGACAAAAAAAAAAAAAUCUGAAUCUAGGUAUUUUAUAAUCUGCUUUUUAACCUCUAACCACAGAGCACGCUGAUCAGACCUCAUAUCUGGGAGGUUUAGGAGACAACUUAGAAGCAGCAUGUACUUGAUCAUUUCACUUGGUUCGUAGUGUACAGGAUUUCCUUUCAGCAAAGACAGAUCGCUCCAAAAACGUUGGCCAGUAACAUUUCAGCCUGCUACUUGGGGGCCUAGCCCGUAUCCCGAACAUUCAGCUUACCUGGAAUCCUUGGGAAUGCAGUUCACGUGUCCGAUUGCUGUCACACACCACUAAGAGGGACUGGAGCUGCCGCAGACCCAGCCCUUUUCCUGCUGUUGGUGGCCAUUUACUGACUCUCUUCCCACCACGAGCACUGAUUUUAAAUACGUUUUAGUUGUGGGAAGCUCCUUUUUGGCGUGGAUAAAGAGUACAUGGCAAUGACCAGACGGGCUCUGACCGGGGUGGAAGCAGCCCAAGCUCGAAACCAAAACCUUCGUGCUCUCGAGUCCCAGUCCGGCCCGUUCUGCCCUGCAGAAAUACAGCCUUUUCCCAUUCUUUUAUGCACAGGUUAGGGCUGAUCAAAGUACAAAUCCAAUUCUAACUUGUCUCUAACUCCUCCUGUUGUCUAUAUGUAUAUGCGUGAGCAUAGAGGUGUGUGGAAGGAUGUGUGUGCGUGGGCGUGUGCGUGCAAUUUUAUACGUCUGUGUAUUUUCUUACGUACUUGUGCACACAUAGAGUGCAUUACUGCCACCUUUUUUCAAUAAGCUGUUUUAUCAGUUAUGGCUUCUACAAGUUUGCUAAUUUAGACUCCUUUAUUGCCAUAUCUUUAAAACUAACAAUAGAUGAUUUCGGAAUAUAUAUAUAUAUAUAAAUAUAUAUAUAUAUAAUUUUUUUUUUUUUGCUUAUUUAUAGGUGCUGUAUUUUAUUAUCUGAUUGUUAGGAAGGGAUGAAAGGGGGCAAAUAUUCUUUAGAGGGAUAGACUGCCGGCAGUAUUGGGUAUAAUUUACAAGAUGUAGUUGUCAUACUGUAUAUUAUUGAUUGAAGACUUUUUUGACCGUAUUGUGUAUCAUUGAACUUUUGUCUUAGGUCAGCAUC